AUGCUUGCCAGAAUCGCUGUUCCGCGUCGCCUGCCCGCUUUCUCGUCGACGGUGCUGAGGGCUGCAUACUCGACCGGCCGCGUCGAGGGCAGCACCGCGCAAUCGAAGGAGUUCAGCAAGAAGGAGAGGGCUCAUGAAGAUCAGUACGCCAGGCAACAUGAGGCCGAGCAGUUGAAGAAGCUCAGGGAGCAGAUCGAGAAGAAGAGGCAGGAGCUGGCUCAACUCGAGCAGGAGCACUCCGAGAUCUCCAGCAAGAAAUAG